UUGUUCAAAGGAGAUACCUCAGUCCGCUUUCAAGCCGAAGCACUCAACGCUCUCCUCGACCACCUUCAUCUCGACGGCAAGAGCUCCAACUCCAGGCCUCACAUGAUCGCACACGAUAUUGCUGGAUCAAUCGUGCUUCGCGCGCACCUCCUUCUCGACUGCGAAUUUCAAAGCCUACUGCUGAUGGACACCAAUUGCGUCCUACCGCGGGGCGACGGCUUCUACAAACUCGUUCGCUCUCAACCAGAAGUUUUCCAGAAUCUACCACCUCACACUUUCGAAGCCAUGCUCCGAGCUACAAUAGAAAGUGCAUGUCACGAUUCGGAGAAACUGAGAGGCGGUGGGUGGGAGGACAAGUUGGCAGCGCCCUGGCUGCCAACUUCAAGCUCUUCCACAUCGUCCGAUACAAAGGACACUUCUCCUUCGGAACCGCAAUCGUCUUUUGUCCGACAGAUUGCUCAAGCGAAUGAUCAGGAUGUCGCUGAGAUGCAGGACGGCGACCUUUACAAGAAUGUGCGAUGUCCAGUGAAGAUUCUCUGGGGAGAGCAGGAUCAGUGGAUUCCGAGGGAGAAAAUGGAAAAGUUGGGUGACAUGUUGAGACAGGGAGGAAGAUUGGAGGAAUUUGUGGUUGUGCCUGAAGCGGGACACUUGCUGAUGGUGGAUCAGCCUGAGAGGGUUGCUAUGGAGGUGCUGGGAUGGUUGUGGAAGCAAUCAUGA